CUCAUUUUUAUUCCUCCCUUUUACUCCCGCUCGAUUUAAAGCCAAGUGAUCCAACCAUGACUGGCAAAACACAGACCAGCAAUGUCACCAAUAAGAACGACCCAAAGUCCAUCAACUCCAGAGUCUUCAUCGGUAAUCUGAACACAGCUAUUGUCAAAAAAGGCGACAUCGAAGCAAUCUUUGCCAAGUACGGGAAGAUCGUGGGCUGCUCGGUGCACAAAGGUUAUGCCUUCGUACAGUACAUGAGCGAGAGGCACGCAAGGGCCGCGGUGGCAGGAGAGAAUGCCAGGAUUAUUGCAGGGCAGCCACUAGAUAUCAACAUGGCAGGAGAACCAAAACCAUACAGACCAAAACCUGGCAACAAGCGGCCACUUUCAGCACUUUACAGACUUGAAUCAAAGGAGCCUUUUCUGUCCGUUGGUGGUUAUGUCUUUGAUUAUGAUUACUACAGAGAUGAUUUCUACAAUCGGUUGUUUGAUUACCAUGGCCGUGUCCCCCCACCGCCCCGUGCAGUGAUUCCACUCAAACGUCCUCGUGUGGCUGUGACAACAACUCGUAGAGGCAAAGGGGUUUUCUCCAUGAAGGGAGCAUCACGGUCCACUUCAAGUGGGACUUCUUCCUCAGGAUCCAAAUCACCCACCCGUCUUCCCCUGCCCCUUAUGUGGAGUGAUACUGUCCUUGGAAGCAUCACUGGAAGAGGAAGAGAAAGAUCAGUGAAAUCAGAUGAGUUGCAAACAAUCAAGAAAGAAUUAACUCAAAUCAAAACAAAAAUUGACUCCUUGCUAGGGAGACUGGAAAAGAUUGAAAAACAGCAAAAAGCUGAAGCAGAAGCCCAAAAGAAACAAAUGGAAGAUAAUGCUGAUUUGAUUCAAGAGGAAUGCAUAUCAGAGAAUGCAGAUAACUCUACGGAAGAGCCAAUUGAAGGAGGGCCAGAUGCAGAUGGGGAUGGAGAAGAUAUGACUGAUGGGAUAGAGGAGGAUUUUGAUGAGGAUGGCAGCAAUGAGCUGUUUCUACAGAUCAAGUGAUGAAAUGUCAUGUGUGAACCCCCUGAAGGCUGAGAAGAGAAACUCUGACUUCCCCACAGAAAAAUGUGAACUGCAGUUUCUUACUGGCUGACAACACCUUUG